UCGUUUCUUCGAUGAAGAUAGCUCAGCGGAAGGGCCAGGUAAUUGAUCUUCCCCUAAAUAACCUUUAGCAUUUGCUGUCAUAAGGAAUGAAAUAUUGAAUAUAUUUUAUGAUCUUCUCAGACUUGAUCACAGUGCUGUCGUUGGAUUCAGACGAAAAUGUUCAAGCUUUUAGAAAGAAAUCACUUUCUAUUCAUGUGUCUCAUGUCCUUUGUUAUAUAUUCUGCUCAUGGUCAAGAUUACCAACAACAUGGAAAUUCCUUCCCAAAUAAUAACAAAACUGGAAAUGACAUUGGACAAAAUGCUGCUUCAUUGUUUGGUUCGAGAGUUAGCACCAAGUCAAUGAAUCAGGACUUAAGUGAAGAUAUUUCUGAAAGAAAUGAAGACAGAAAUAACAUUUAUGGAAAUAAUAUGGAAUAUGGUUCUCAGAUGACUACAUUCAAACAAAAUAAGGAAACCAAUUCUAACAUUCCUUUCUCUCGCAACUUUACCAGAAAAAAAGUUAAAAGGAUACAAAAAAAGAAGAUUCCCUUACCCAAUAUACCCAAAAAUGUUUCCAGUUCUUGGCACAAUUUUGAUGGUCCGUUACGUAGCAUAGAGAUCUCCAGUAUUAACACAGUUGGUGCUAACACACAACUAAAAGAAUAUUCAGAAAUUAACGAAAAUAACAAUCUUCAACUCUUUCCGAAAAACUUAGGAAAUAACCAAGGGGCACUCAGUUCUGCAAAUAGAGUAUCGGAAAGUCUUUACGAAACUGAAGGAAACAGAGCUACAGAUUUAAAAGGAAAUUCAUCAAGUAAUUCUCCUUUUAAUUCAAAUAUUAAUGAUCCCGUCGGACGCUCUGGAAAGGAAGCACCCAUUCCUUGCUCUUGCUUCUGGAGUAAAGAGAAAUGUGGCUGCAACUGCAACGAUUCCUUGAUUUACGAUGAUUUUCAAGAACUUACCAAAACCUUCCGGCCAUGCACGAAUUUUUCUUUUGCAAUCACUGGCGGGCAACACUUUUCAUUACCUCCCAAUCUUUUCACUCAAAUUGGGAAAGCUCAGAACAUCCACAUGAAAAUAACGAAUGCAACGUUCGAUUAUCUGUUCGAUGCCACUCCCUAUACUUCCGCUUUCAAGGGAGUGUCAUUUGAGAAUGCAGCUUUGAUCGAACUUCUAGGGGUUAGAGUUCGGCGGGGCUGGAACUGGACACCCCUGAAGUACCUGAACUCGUCAUCGGGAGCAGGGGUGGAAAUUAAACUGGAAGGUUGCGGCCUCAGGCGAUUGUCAUCGGAUUUCGGCAGAGUGGCAGAUGGGAAAGUCAGAACUGCCAGAAUAUCGGAUAGCAGAUUGGAGAUGAUUGGAAGCGGGGCUUUUUCAAGCUUUAAUGAUCUGACUCAUUUUAUGUUGCCAAGAAAUCGUCUGAAAUCUAUUAAAAGAACUGAUCUACCAAUGGAACCAUUGAAUCUUGUAGAGAUUGAUCUCAGGAGCAACCAGUUGCAGUCGUUAGAGGCAGACCUGUUCACUGAAAUGCCAUCUCUGCAAACAAUUUCAUUGGCUGGAAAUCCUCUGCGCGUUCUUCCUGAAGCAACUUUCAGCAGUGUCAUUGGUAGAACUUUAGUGCAAGGACUGUCGGAUUUUCCUCUGUACUGUGAUUGCCGCCUGCGAUGGCUGAAGAACUCCACUUUUACCCACAAUGAUGUAGUUUUGAGAAAUCUAAAAGGCAUGGUGUGUAAGCGACCUCCUUACCUAAGAGGAACGCCAUUUAAAGACCUAUCGAAGGAGCAUCUCAUGUGCUAAAAUACAAAUAUAUUCAGUUGUGGAACAAAAUAUAAAAAUAAAAUAUAGU